AUGGUGCUGGAGUGGACGCGGCGGGGUCUUCGAGCCGCCCAGGGCCUCCUCGAGCUCGUUACCGCGGCGGCGGGACGGAGUUUCUGCUUCAGCGCGGGCUCUCUGAUGGCGAGGCACGUGCCGUCGCGUCCGCCUCCUGCGGGUACCCUUCUCAGCCUUAUUCGUCGACGGCGAGGUACCCAGCCUCCUGGCCUCCAGGCAAAAACCACCAAGAACAUUGUGCUGAAACUGCAGUGCCAGAGCUGCAAGCACUGCUCCCAACGCGCCAUCAAGGCUUUGUCAGCUCGAAUUUUUGCUGUCAUGAACGUCUUGUGUUAUGAGAAGGAUAUAAGAGGAGUGGAAAAUUUCCAGGAAAGGUGAGGGUUCAUAAGGUCUUGUUUCUUGUUUCUUUAAAUGCUUGCUUCACAUUCUUAUGAAGUUGUACUUGGCUUCACAUUCUUAUGUCUAUAUAUAUAUGCAUGUAUUUACCUUCUCUGGAUUAUUUAAUCAUGAUUUUUAGACAUUUGAUCAUAGCAAUCUGUUUUUUUGUUGCAUCCGUCAUGAUUUCGUAACCAACUUAAUUACAUUUUAACCUCUACUAAUUUUUUUGUGCGUGAUUGGUGCAUGAUUCCAAUCACGGCAGAAAUGUCUGUUUAAGAUUUUUUUUGAGAUGUUAUUAUGGAAAGAAUUAGAUCGAGCUGGAUUCGGUUAAACCGUUGAGGAAGGAGUCAUACGACUCCCCAACUCUGUUUUCCGUAGCGCCCGCUGCUCGUCAAACUUAAAUUAUGAGCGGAAAAUUUGGCUAAGUGCCCGACUCUGGGAUUGGACCGUAUAAGGUCCCUCCUAUGGACCCUCCUUGGACUUUAACACGUCAGCUUAUAGCACUAAUUGCAAAGCUCUUUUAUCUAGCCUGUAUCUAUACUGCUUGUAGAAGGAAGAC